CAUGAUCUCGUUUCUAAGAGCUCCACACCCGCCAAAGACGACACAGGCCCACCAAGAAAUCACCACCUACGAAAAUGGCACUUCUUCAGUCCAGUACCAUCCGAGAGGCUCGAAGUACAUGAUGACACAUACGCUUCCACCGAGCGACCCCAAAGAAGGUCCUUCCAUUGUGCAGCCGCCAUUUCAUUAUCACAUCUAUCAAACGGAGACUUUCAACGUAGUGGAAGGCGAAGCACAUCUAUUCUUCGGGCUCGAUCCCCUCCCUUCUGCCGUGUUGAGCGCAAAAGGACCAUCGGCGAUGGCAGUGUUGGGACCCAUGCGGUACCAUCGAUUUGAGAAUGCCAGCAAGACGGAGCCCCUCAAGAUUAACAUCCAGCUCGAUCCCGAAGACUACGAGAACGAAAGUCGCUUUUUCCGAAACUUCUUUGGAUACCUCAGUGACUGCAAGCAAGCAGGACAGUCUCCGUCGAUUUUUCAGCUUUUUGUCUUUUUGUGGAGCGCAGACACGCCGCUCGCGAUUCCGAUGCCGUUUGGGCUGGAAUCUCUGGGCGUAUACCUCUCGUGGCUGCUGAUGAUUGUGGUGGCAUACAUUGGGUACUAUGGAUUGGGGUACAAGACCAGCUAUCCCGAGUACUAUGACGAGAAGAAGAGCAGAUGAGCAGACAGAAGGGAGCAGACAGAAGGGUCCGUCUUGUUGGCGGCGCUGUAUAUCUAAUUCUGUCGUGCUAUUUUUGGGCUCUCGCCAAGCAGAAUCAUCAUUGGCCGGCAACCGAGUUGUGGUGAAACCAUCGCCGACUCCUCAUCCUUCGACUGACAUGAACCACCGCUUCUCACGGCAUUUUCUGUAUUGACUUCCUCUCUCCCUCUCUGUAUCUCUGUCUCAGUAUAUUACUACCCC